AUGGAGAAAAUGAAACAGGAAGGCAAAACACCAGCUCUCCAUGUGCUUGAAAGCGAUGUUGGUCAAUCCGAUGACCCCACACGCAUAACUCCGACCGGAGACGCGGCAGCCUCUACCACGCCGAGUCAACGGAAGGCCGCCCCUGUCCCCGCAAUGAAAAAGAAGGCCGAUCGCCCCCUACCGGAUUCGUACAUCGUGAAACCCCGCCAAGGGCCUUCGUAUGACUACGCGUGGUAUCAUUCACCCCUACAAGAGCCCGCUGUGUACCACAUGAGUGACCCUGCAGCGGCGGUGACUGCAUAUCAGGCCAUCAAGGCAGUGCACGAACGUGUGCAGUUUGAUUUGCGGAACAUGAAGUCCGUGCUGCUAGAACGGGGAUUGAUUGAGGGCUCUGACUCUGAGUGCUCUGACUCUGAGUGCUCUGACUCUGAGUGCUCUGACUCUGAGGACGAGUAUGCUAGUUCUUCUGAUGGCUACGUUGAUGUUUUUGCUGGUGCAAGGUAG